CUUGAAUAUAUAUAUGCCCAUAAAAACACACAACAGUACGAGUCUAGUUAGUUCUAUUUUUUGGACUAAAUAUGAAGGCUUUCGUUUGUCUGCUUGUUGUGGCUGCUGCAGCCAGCUAUGUACAAGGUGGCUACCUUAGCGGUGGUGGCGGCGGUGGCUGGUCCGGAGGCGGAGGAGGCUGGAAAUCAGGAGGCGGCGGCGGUUGGUCCGGUGGCGGAGGAGGAUACGGAGGCGGCGGCGGUGGAGGAUACGGAGGCGGUGGUUGGUCCGGUGGCGGAUCUAGCGGCUGGAAAUCUGGAGGAGGCGGUGGUUGGCUAGGCGGAGGUGGCGGAGGAUAUGGAGGCGGCGGCGGUGGAGGAUACGGAGGCGGUGGAAGCACCGUUAAAAUUAUCAAGAUCCUCGUUCCAAGCGGCGGAGGCGGCGGCGGCGGUGGACACGGAGGUUGGUCCGGCGGCGGCGGCGGUGGCGGUGGAUAUGGAGGUGGCAGCGGAUGGAAAUCUGGUGGUGGAUGGUCUAGCGGCGGCGGUGGAUGGCCAAGCGGCGGAGGAGGUGGAUGGUCCUCCGGCGGUGGCGGUGGAUGGUCUGGCGGCGGUGGUGGAUGGAAAUCAGGUGGAGGAGGUGGUGGUGGCUGGUGGUAAAUUUUCCGCAAAAUUGCUACAGAGUUACCAACGACCUUAACACUAUGAAAAGACGAAAGAAGUAAAGAUAUGUGAUCACUGCCGUAUUUGAAAUUACAAAAAAAUUCAAAUCACCAAUUGUAUAUUUUUGUACAUAUGCUGUAAAUUAUUGCAACAUCUUAUGCAUACAUUUUUUUAAAGUAUUUUCAUAAUAAAUAAGUAAAAACUAUUGAGUUU